AUGGGAAUGUUAGUUACUUUCCGAGCAACGAGCAGUCGCGGGUCGAGCGAACGACGACGACGACGACGAGCAGCAGCCGGAGCGAAUCGAUGCUGACACUUCCCUCCCCUCUCGACUUGGGCAUUACAGUACACGGGACUCGCGCCACAAGCGCUCGCACACCGUAAGUUGGCAUUCUUGUCGUACAUUGCGGACGUUCGUAGGCGAGGAGGAAGCCGUGGUCGAGAUUGGGCCAGCGGGGCCAGCGGGGCCUGCGAACGACGCAAACCGGCCCUGCUGGCGUGGGCCCAGCGCGCCGGCUUGGGCCACUGCGGGUCGCGCGAGCUCGCUCGGCUGUUCGCUGCGGCGGCUACCAAACCCCACACCCAUCGCUGACCUGACCACAUAACUUGCAAUUAUUCAGGGUGCUCAACGUGCGCAAUACCGCAAGAAGAGAAAGUUCGAGUUGGGCCGCCAACCGGCCAUGACCAAGUUGGGCGCCAAGCGCAUCCACACCGUGCGCACCCGUGGCGGCAACACCAAGCACCGUGCGCUCCGUCUCGAGUCGGGCAACUUUGCCUGGGCAUCCGAGCACGCCACGCGCAAGACGCGCAUCAUCGGUGUCGUCUACAACGCGUCCAACAACGAGCUCGUGCGCACCAACACGAUCGUCAAAUCCGCCAUCGUCCAGAUCGACGCCGCCCCCUUCCGUCAAUGGUACGAGGCGCACUAUGCCCAGCCCGUCACCAAGAAGGGGCUCAAGAAGGAUGCUUCCGGUGCCGCCGUCGUUGAAGGCGAGGCCAAGACCCAGUCGGCCCACGUCAAGCGUGACCUGGCCGAACGACAAAAGCAGGCCAAGAUCGACCCUCUGCUCGAAUCGCAGUUCCAGGCCGGUCGUCUGUACGCUUCCAUCUCCUCGCGCCCCGGUCAAUCCGGUCGCGCCGAUGGGUACAUUCUCGAGGGCAAGGAGCUGGAGUUUUACCUCCGAAGGUGAGCUUUGGAGAGACUGGUGUCCGGCGGGUGUCUGCUCGGGCGGAAGGCUGAUCUCGGUGGUUUCCCAUUAUUUCGCUCAGGCUCCGCGCUGGAAAGGCCAAGCACGCCGCCUAA